AUGGGACUUCUGGAGGAGUCCUUGCCAUACCUUUGGCGACUAUGCCUUGGAGCUCUGCUGGGAAUAUUCUGCAUGACGGCCGUCCGAAGGCGCUUUCGGCCUCAUUUACGGGACAUACCAGGACCAUUCCUGGCAUCCAUAUCGGACCUAUGGCUCCUGCAGCACUAUGUUCGACGAAAGGGUACCGCAGAAUAUGCUUUGCAUCGAAAAUACAAGUCUCCACUGCUUCGACUCGGACCGAACACAGUAUCGGUUGCGGAUCCAGAGGCGAUGAAGAUUAUUUAUGGCUGGAAGCCUGUCUUUAAAAAGAGCCGUCUCUACAUAUCGCAACACCAGACGAGCCGCGGCGGCGAGACGAUUACCAAUGUUUCCGCGGAGAUGGACGAAGAUAAGCAUGGGCGGAUACGACGACCCAUUUCCAAUGCAUAUGCAAUGGGGAGCGUAUUGCAAUAUGAGCCUCUCGUUGACUGCUCUUCCCGAACUUUCAUGGAUGUCAUGAGAACGCGCUUUGCGGGCCCCGAAAUAGCAUGCGAUUUCUCGAAGUGGUUGCAGAUGUAUGCGUUCGAUGUUGUAGGAGAGAUGACUUUCAGUAAACGGUUUGGAUUCCUCGAAUCAGGAGAGGAUGUCGAGAAUAUGAUGUAUCAUACUGGACGCGCGAUGGAUUGGAUCGGAAUGAUCGGACAAGUCCCGGACCUUGACGAGUGGCUACGCCUGAAGAUAUACGGCAAGAUAAGGAUUCUCUUUGGAGGAUCGAAUAGUGUUGUUGGGUUUUCUGCCAGACAGGUCCGGGACUAUACCCCUCCUGAAGAGGGUCAAGCACCAGAUUUCCUCAGCAAGUUCCUAAAGGGGCGAGAGAAGCACCCAGACAUCUUCAGCGAGGCUCAGCUCGUCGAAUUCGCCAACACGAACGUCGGAGGAGGCUCGGAUACUACGGCAAUUGCGUUACGUGAGCUGGUUUAUCGUUUCCUGACGAAUCCCGACACUCUUUCCAUCUUCCUGGAAGAGAUCAAAACAGCUCUGAGUGCUCGAGGGACAGACGGUGACCUCGAUGCUCCGAUUACGUUUCGAGAAGGUCAGAACAUGCCGUAUUUCCAGGCAUGUCUCAAGGAAUGCCUUCGCGUUCAUCCUCCACUGGGUCAAAUGUUACCGCGAGUGGUUCCUGAAGGAGGUAUGGUGCUAUGUGGGAAAUUGCUUCCAGCCGGCACAAUCGUUGGAAGCAACGCCUGGACUGUAAGCAGAGACCAGAACUUGUUUGGCGAGGACGCAGAUGAGUAUCGGCCGCAGCGAUGGCUGAGGGUCGAUCCUGAAACAGCCAAGAGGAUGGAGAAUGCCAGCCUGACUUUUGGCGGUGGUCCGCGGGUCUGCAUUGGCAAGAAUAUUGCGCUGCUGGAAGUGAACAAGUUCAUCCCUGAACUCUUCCGGAGAUUUCGGCUGACGCUGGUACAUCCUGAGAAAUAUCAUCUGGUGCCGGGCUGGUUAGUACUGCAGCAUGGGCUGUACGUAAAGUUAUCCCCUCGAGAGACUUUGUCCACUUGA